CUGAAAUUGCUUCAUAGUAGUUCACGGACAGUUUCCGGCGCCCAUAUUACUUUCUGGUGUCUGCUGAGCGGCGGGGGCUGCGGGACUGCGGGACUGUGACCCGGCCGGGACAAAUGUGGUCUACCUAGCCAGUGAUGUCACAGUGUACACAGAACACAGGUAUCCUGAGAGAAACUGGUUAAGCUGGGAGUGAGAAGUGUGUUGCAGGUUAUACAUAUGUGACUUGAAUCGGCAGAAGAUCCCUGUAUAAUGGAAGAACAAUAACUCUGAGGAAGAACAUUCUGAUUUUACACAACUGUAGCUGCCAAAUAUCAAACCACCAUGGAGGAAAUGUCGGUAGAAGAUAUCCAGAUGAAGGCCAAUCAGGUCACAGAUGAGUCUCUAGAGAGCACACGCAGGAUGCUGAACCUGGUGGAGGAGAGUCAAGAUGCUGGAGUGAAAACGCUCACAAUGCUGGAUGAACAAGGGGAACAACUGAAACGCGUCGAGGAAGGAUUGGAUCAGAUAAACAAAGAUAUGAGAGAGGCAGAAAAGAACCUAACAGAGCUGAACAAGUGCUGUGGACUUUGUAUCUGUCCUGGAAAGAGGAUUCUUGGCAAUCUGAAGUAUCAGCUAAGGUCAAAGAACUUUGAAACUGGGGAUGUGUAUAAAAAGACGUGGGGAAAUAAAGAGCCAGGUACAGAAGAUGUUGUUUCAAAGCAGCCUUACCAGGUGAAUGGCCAGCAGCAGAGAGGUGUCGGGCAGAGUGGACCAUAUAUAAACAGGGUAACCAAUGAUGCCCGGGAGGACGAGAUGGAUGAAAAUCUGCAGCAGGUUGGCAGCAUGUUAGGAAACCUGAAGAAUAUGGCUUUAGACAUGGGCAACGAGAUUGACACCCAGAACAAAAUGAUUGACAGAAUUAAUGAUAAGGCAACGACUAACCGAGAUCGUAUCGAGGUGGCCAAUACCAAAGCUAAGAAACUUAUUGAGUGAAGAAAGCAAGACUUUUCCUUCCAUCUGUUUAAGCUGUUGUUUUACCAUGUCCGCUCAGUAUCACAGAUGAGAGGUUUCAGGGAAUGAAUUGGCUUAUUACCCUG